UUUUUAUUUUUACAUUAACUUGUAUUUAGAAAGCAUUGAUAUUAUCAGAUGAAUCGGAUCCACAUUAUUCUUACACAAUAAACGAAUUGAUGAAGCCAAGUUGAUAAGCUUUUGCCGAAUUUAUAUAAUACAAAUUAGAAAAGUAUAAAAUGGUAAAAUAUGAAUCGGUAAAUCAACAGUUCGCCGGUACAUCCCGUUAGCGACGGUUCCUCCUAAGUUUUUAAAAAUGUUCUCUAAGAUGUUCAUCUUCAUUUGCAUCGUCAGCUUCACCUCCGCUGUCCUAAUUGACACUAGUGAUGGACUUAAAGAAGAGUCCUACAGUUCAGAUAGCGCAAAUGGAUGGCAGUCGGUAAAAUUGUAUCCGGCUAAGCCGCUUUUCAAAUACGAUACAUACGCCUAUCCAAAAUAUGAGUUUGAAUAUGCUGUAUCAGACAAGAAGACUGGUGAUCACAAACAACAUCACGAGACUAGAGAUGGACACAGAGUUCGAGGGGCGUACAGCCUUGUAGAACCUGAUGGCUCUCUUAGGAAAGUGGAAUAUGAUGCCGAUGAUCAUAAUGGGUUUAAUGCCGUGGUGAGUAAGAGUGUGCAUAAACAUGGCGAUCACGCUUUCUCUAUUUUCGGUCACACAAGACAUUUCUUACCCAUUGGAAGCGGCAUCAAGAUUAACCAGUUUUUCCCAAGCAAGAAUUAUCAUUAUCAAGAAUUUAAAGCCAGCAGUGACAAUGCUGAAGAUAAACCUGUUAACGAACAACAAGUCGAUGCUAAAGAAGAUGAAUUGAAUAUACAAAACGAGACCGAAACUACCGAGAAGUCGAUUGUCGAGGCUGAACAUAAUACAGAGACUGUAGAACAAGCUGCUAGAGCAGAGUCAGUAGAAGUUCCAGUUAAAGCAAUUGAAGCAUCUUUACCUGUUGCCAUUAAGGAUGAGAACAUUAACAAAGACGCAGAAAUUGUUAGCCCAAUGCCUAUUGUAGAAAACUCUGCUGCUUAUCCUAGUAAACUAAUUGACAACAACAAGGUACACAACCACCAUCAUCAAGAAAACCACCAUGAUCAUACUGACUCUGAAGUAGCAUCAUCAUAUUAUCACUCGAAAAUAUAUUACGUAGGUUAUUAAUUCCGAAAAACUUAUUAAAUAUUUUCACGUGUCAUACUAUAUAAUUCUUUUUAAAUAUUUAUGAAUUUAGAAAUUGUAAUAUGUAGGUAAAAUUGUUAUUGUUGAAAAUAAAAUUGUUACAUAA